UUUGUAGGAAAGAGCAUAUGACAAGUAGGCUGGCUGAGGAGUGCAGCACAGUUGAUCUCUACAUUCUUGUUUCUACAUACAAAAGUUUGAAGCUGCCCUUUCAGUAAGAUGGACAGUACUUUUGACAAAUUGGAUGCAGCUGGUUUCCUGGAAAUCUGGCAACACUUUGAUGCAGAUGAUAAUGGCUACAUUGAGGGCAAAGAGCUGGAUGACUUUUUCCUGCAUAUGAUGAAAAGACUGGGUCCACAGGAGAAAGCCACUGAGGAGAAAGUUCAGAGACUGAAGCAAAGGUUCAUGUCUGCCUAUGAUGUGACUGCUGAUGGGAAACUGCAGAUUCAAGAGUUAGCCAACAUGAUUCUGCCUGAAGAAGAAAACUUCUUGUUAAUUUUCCGAAGAGAAGCUCCACUUGACAACAGUGUUGAUUUUAUGAAGAUAUGGAGAAAGUAUGACAUGGACUGCAGCGGCUUCAUAUCGGCACAGGAGUUGAAGGCUUUCUUAAAUGAUUUAUUUCAGCAACACCACAAACAAGUGUCCCCUGUCAAACUGGAGGAAUACACAGACACAAUGAUGAAAAUGUUUGACAAAAACAAGGAUGGUCGUUUGGAUCUGAAUGAUUUAGCCAGGAUCUUAGCUUUGGAAGAGAACUUCCUGCUCCAGUUCCGGAUGGAUGCAAACAGCAAAGAGGAGAGGAAGAGAGACUUUGAGAAGAUCUUUGACCAUUAUGAUGUUAGUAAGACCGGAGCCUUGGAGGGACCUGAAGUGGAUGGGUUUGUCAAAGACAUGAUGGAGCUUGUCUGGCCAAACAUAUCAGGCCCUGAUCUUGACAAGCUGCGAGCCUCUCUAUUGCGUCACUGUGAUGUCAACAAGGAUGGGAAGAUCCAGAAAAAUGAGUUAGCUCUAUGUCUGGGAGUGAAAACCUUAAAGAAACCUUAGGCCCUUUCUUCUUAAAGUACUGACCUUAAAAUUGAUGUCAGCAUUGAUAUCUGUAUCUAGUUACUUUCUAUCAUAUCACCUUCUACCUAAUCCUUGAAAGAAAAAUUCAAAGAUUAGGUAAAACGUUUGGAUUGUGUCUCCUGAAUUGAUAUGCGUUUCCUGCACAUAAUUUUAAGCCAAAAGUAAAAGGCUAAUUUAUGCUGGUAUAUAAUGUUUGCUUUAUGUGAAAUGUUAGUUUGUGUGCUGGUCAACAAAGUGAAGGUGUCUCUUAAGGUUAAAUUACAAUUGCAUGUUUCUGUGUAAAUGUAAUAAAAUGUAAUAUGCAGUAAGGAGAUGAAAAUAAAAUAAACAAAAGCAUGUGAUUGCAUAGUGAUAUAUAUUUGUGGUUUGUUCUUGUGUAUUUGACAUGGAUUUAAAAGU